UGCUUUCCCACCACGCUUGGCUCCCCCCUCGAUCGAUCGAGCGGGCCCUGUUCUUGCCUCGACGAUCGCUCGCUCAAACACUUGCUAGAUCGAUCGGCACCAUUGUUGCUGCCGAACCGAUCGGGUCAGAUGAUUAAGGCAGCGCCGAUGGCGCCUCGACGGCGGUGGACGUUCUUGGUGGUUAUGUUUGCUGUUGCCACCGCCGCGGUGGCGCAGGAUUACAACAAUGGAGGAGGAGGAGGAGGUGGCGGUGGUGACGGCGAGGCUGAGGAGGAUAAGCCGCAGUUCAAGGCGCAGGAGGCGUGCAACGGCGCGUUCCUGACGUACACGUUCAUGGAGCGCACCAAGGAGUUCCCGCGGCUGAAGAACGCGACGGCGCAGGCGUACGCGUUCAAGGCGGAGGCGACGGUGCUCAACACCAUGUCCGAGGAUCUCAAGGCGUGGCAGAUGUUCGUGGGCUUCCAGCACAAGGAGAUCCUCGUGUCCGUCGGCGGCGCCGUGCUCCUGGACGGCACCGAGUUCCCCGCCAACGUCUCCGGUGGCGCCACCUUCGCGGGCUACCCGAUGGCCGACCUCCUCAAUUCCAUCGAGACCGCCGGCGACCUUACACUGAUCGAGAACAAGAUCGAGAUCACUGGCACCCAGUUCGGCGUCAAGCCCCCCGGCGUGCCCAUGCCCAAGACCAUCAAGCUCGGCAACCCAGGCUUCCGUUGCCCCGCCCCCACCCACAAAGAUAGCGUGAUGUACGUGUGCUGCGUGAAGGACCCCAAAUUCAAGGCGAAGAAGGCGAACAGCACGCGGUACCUGCCGCGGCAGAAGGCCGACCUGACCUUCGCCUACGACGUGCUGCAGGCGAAUGGCAACAACUACCUGGUGCAGGUGACCAUGGACAACUGGAGCCCCAUCAGCCGGCUCGACAACUGGAACCUCACUUGGGAGUGGAAGCGCGGCGAGUUCAUCUACAACAUGCGCGGCGCCUAUACGCUCAAGAAGGAAGGCCCGGCCUGCGUCUACAGCCCCGCCGCGGGCUACUACAAAGACUUCGACUUCACCCCCGUCUACAGCUGCGAGAAGCGGCCCGUCAUCGUGGACCUGCCACCGGAGCGGGAGAAGGACAAGGACGUCGGCAACAUCCCCUUCUGCUGCAAGAACGGCACCCUGCUGCCGCCGACCAUGGACGAGUCCAAGUCGCGGGCCGUGUUCCAGAUGCAGGUGUACAAGAUGCCGCCGGACCUCAACCGCACGGCGCUGUACCCGCCGCAGAACUGGAAGAUCUCCGGCAAGCUCAACCCGCAAUACGUCUGCGGGCAGCCCAUCCGGGUGAGCCCCCAGGAAUUCCCCGACCCGUCGGGGCUCAUGUCGACCACCCCUGCCGUGGCGUCGUGGCAGGUGGCGUGCAACAUCACGCGGCCCAAGAAGGGCGCGGCCAAGUGCUGUGUCUCCUUCUCGGCCUACUACAACGACUCCGUGGUGCCGUGCAACACAUGCGCCUGCGGCUGCGGCAACGACACCGCGACGUGCGACCCGGACGCGCGCGCCAUCUUGCUACCGUCGGAGGCGCUGCUCCUCCCGUUCGACAACCGGACGGCCAAGGCCAGGGCGUGGGCCAAGAUCAAGCACUGGCGCGUCCCCAACCCCAUGCCCUGCGGCGACAACUGCGGCGUCAGCAUCAACUGGCACGUCAUGAACAACUACAAGUCUGGCUGGUCGGUGCGCAUCACCAUCUUCAACUGGCAGGACUACACCUUCAAGGACUGGUUCGCCGCGGUCACCAUGGGCAACCACUACAGUGGCUACGAGAACGUCUACUCCUUCAACGGCACCAGGAUGGGCGCGCCCUUCAACAACACCAUCUUCAUGCAGGGCCUGCCGGGGCUCACCUACCUCGAGCCGAUCACCGACGGGAAGACGCCGGCGGACCCCCGGCUGCCCGGGAAGCAGCAGUCCGUCAUCUCCUUCAAGAAGAAGGACGCGCCCAACAUCAACAUUCCCAAAGGGGAAGGGUUCCCCAAGAGGCUGUACUUCGACGGCGAGGAGUGCGCGCUCCCUGAGAGGAUACCAAAAGCGUCGAGCGCGCACCGGCGGGCCGGGAUGGCGGGUCUCGGGAAUGUUGCCAUGGCGGCGGCGCUAGUCAUAAUUGUGGCGCUUGUGGACUCCUUAUGCUUAUGA